AUGCCCUUGAUAUUGUCCCCCAUUCCACCCAAGAGCUACCCCAUGCUGGGUCACGUCGGUGUAAAAACGUUCCGGCGUACAUCCCCACAGAUGUUCAUGUGGGGACAUGUCAGGAGACCCAGCAGGCCAGUCCAAUGUCCACCUGCCUUCUCGUCGGAGAUAAACGGUGACAACCAGAAUGAGGUCAUGGAGGACGAUGCGGGCUCCCAGCAGACGCUAGAGUCAGUUGCAACAUCUCCGACACCGGUCGCGUCUCACAUUGGGUCAAGGUCGGAACAUGGAAGUAGGUCAACUCGUGAUCCAGCUUCAGCCUCCGAAAUGUCCUGGGCAGACGACCCUGACCUUGGUAUGGCAACAGACGACCCUGACCUUGACAUGGCAGAAGACGACCCCGACUUUGACAUCGCAGAAGACAAUGCAGUCUCACUGACCAGUGCAAAGUCGAAAAGGACACCAUCUCAAAAAGGUAGUGCACGUCUGUCCAGACGGAGCAUGGCAGACAUAGAACGUGAGGCAGAGGAGAUGCGCAACAUCCUCAUCACACAGUAUGGCCUGGACAUAUCAGAUGAGGUCGUAUGUGACGUCAGCGAGUCCGAGUCGGAAUCAGACGAAGAACGUGAGGUUGACUACGACACUGACCUCGACAUGGACAUGGACAAGUGGCUGAACGCCGAGCAACUUCGUCUCAAGGAUGAUCUCACAGGUGGGAGACGCUACACUGCAGCAUGUGACGCCAUCGGAGUAACAGCCGCCACCUACUUCGUAAAACACAUCACCGACCAGGAGGUGCACAUGAGAUUCCAUGGACUAGGGCCCCGGGGAGCCAAGGCUAUGUGUGUCCCACUCAAGACCAACAGUAAGAUCGAGAAACUGGAUCUGGAGGGGAACUGGAUAGAUGAGGCGGGCUGUGUGAGUCUGGCCGAGAUGCUGAGAGACAACAUCUAUAUCACUGAGCUGAUUCUGUCUGAGAACAAGAUUGGCAGUGCAGGAGCUCUGUCUAUGUGUGAGAUUCUCAUGAAGAAUGAUACCGUCACAAAGCUGGACCUCUCAGGCAACGAUAUAAAAGAUUCAGCGGCAGAGAACAUAUGCCAGAUGUUAAAGAAGAACACAUCUCUCCGCCACCUGUUCCUCAGCCACAACCACUUCGAGGAGGAAGGUGCUCUCCACUUCAAGGAGGCACUUUCAUACAACGAAUCCUUGGAGACUCUGGACCUGAGCUGGAACAGGUUCAGGACACGAGGGGCCAUCUACAUAGCCGAGGGGGUUCAGGAGAACUAUGGUCUACGCAUUCUCAACUUCUCCAUGAACGGACUCGGACUUGCCGGGGCAGAGGCUAUGGGGAAGGCACUGAAGGCCAAUAGGACACUGCUUGACCUUGAUAUUAGUUUUAACCGAAUACCGGAAGAGGGAGCUGGUCACGUGGCAGUUGGUCUGCAAGUAAAUGACGUGCUGCAGUCACUGAAGAUAAGCUCGAAUCCCCUCGGCAGUGACGGGUCAUUGGCUCUGCUGGUGGCAGUAGACAGGAACGACUGCAGCUGUCUGAAGUAUCUGGAACUGUUGAAUGUCUGGGUGAUGGACAGCUUCAUUGAUCUGAAGGACAAGCUGGAGAGGGAGCGGAAUCUCAUGGUGGUGUAUGGUGGCCUGAAGAAGAAGCUCCUGAAGCUCACCACCCUCAGAGGGGUCGAGUGGGAACGGUGGCUCGCCAACAACCCAAUGACCAAGAUAAAGAACUACAUCCGGGAUGCGGGAUACCGUCUGAUUGACCUCUUCCGGGACUUUGACAAAGACGGCAAUAUGUCCAUCACGAAGCAAGAGUUUCAUGUUGGCAUACAGUCUGCUGGCAUCGUGAUGACCAAGGAGCAGGUGGACGAACUGGUCAAGAGGUUGGACAAAGAUGGGAACGGAGAGGUGGAUUAUGGGGAGCUGAUGGAGGGCGACAGGGAAUACAGACAAGCACUGAGGGCAGCUGCUGCGAAGAAGAAGGUGAUGGUGGAGUCAGGGGGCGUGACUGAGGACGGGGAGGAAUCAGAAAGCAGUGGUGUUCCCUCCGUCAUCAGGAUGCUUAUGUCGGAAAGAAGCAGCGCUAGCAGCUCCGGGUCUGCCGCGUCAUAGCAGGAACUUUGACGUGAAGGUGGUGGAGAGCUGAGGUAGUGACUGGAGUCAGAUAGCAUCAGCUUCCUGUUCCUUACCCAGUCUCAGACGUUGGAGCAAACUUGAAGAAGUUCUUUUUGGCCAUUUUGUGAGAUAUGGAAAAGGUUUUGUCUCAUUUAUUGUGAAGAGGGAUCCAGGGUGACAGCACUGUGCUGACGGAGGAAUGAUUCAUAAUCAACACAUUUCAUCAUCCUAUCCUGCUAAUGGUGCACCUCGGAGUGCUGUUAGACCGUUAGGCAUAACGUGUGAUGUGGUGAGAUCAUGAACAGCGUACUAUGUUGCAUAUCUACAUCUCAAGGACAGCAAAUGGCGGGGAUCUCUCAAAUGCAGAAACAGAUUGGUUCUUGACCUCUGCAACUCCCCGGAAGUUUCUGUCAGCUAACAAAGAAACACCCAAGAAGAGGAAACUUUCAGGUCAAAAUUGAGAUAUAUUUCUCAGGAGAAAGUAUUUGCACUGAUACGUCAUACACAGCCUAGACUGGUGCUUAGCGCUAUAUAAAUGUACACAUAUUAUUAUUUAUUAUUAUUGUGAUUGUCAUACAGGACGUCGGCACAUUCUUAUAGCUGUUAUUGCUUCAGUAUACUCAUUAUACUCUUCGUUUCGUGAAUAUUUACCAUCUCUUCAUGGUCACGCUGUCUUACUAGGAAGCCAUUAAAAGCAGGAAUAAAACUAUUUCAUACUCUAUUUAUUUUCAGAGAAUGUAAAUAUAUGUACAUGAAAUUAUCUUGAAAAUUUUGCAUUCCAUGACACAGAUCGUAGUGUAUAAAACAUGUAUAGUGUAUAUCUGGGUUGAACUGCCCUGUGUUGACCCGCUGACUGUUUAAAGAAAAUUGUAUAUGUUCAUAUUUAUAUUAAAGAUAUUCUGUUUCAUGCUUACA